AUGUCUCCGGCUCCUCCACCUCGGGAAGUUAUUGAUGGGCGCUAUAGGUACCAGAUUCGGCCUGUAAACCCCAACUCGGGAGAACCUUCUCAUGUCCACCCGAUGGGCCUCUGCGCUGGUAUUGACGAAUUUGCAAAGGAAUCUGACACAUCUAUUCGAACUCAGAGAGAUAUACCUCGCUCCUUCGUUACAAUGGCAGAAGAUCAGAUUCUCGAUAACGGCCUCCCUCAAAUGAACCGCUUUAUCACCGAUCACGCACCGGACGGGAAAGCAAUAUUCAGUACUGAAAUUCCAGUUCCUUUGAGCUGGCAGAAACUGCCUAAUGGUGCACGGUUCGCGCUAAGUUAUACCACGAAUGAAUUUCCUGCCAAUUUGAACGGCGGCCUAGAUAUAACCAAAUACGAAUCCUAUCUGCAGAGCCCACCAGGUCUCACAAUUCCCGGCGGCUCGGUAUUGCGUAUUGUCGAUGUGAAUCCUGACUCACUCUCACCAAUGCAUCGAACAGUCAGUCUUGACUAUGGAGUCGUGAUUGAGGGAGAAGUUGAGCUUAUCCUGGAUUCUGGUGAAGUAAGACGCAUGAAAAGGGGUGAUAUUGCAAUUCAGCGUGGUACAAUGCACGCAUGGCGAAACCCCAGCAAAACGGAUUGGGCUCGUAUACUCUUUGUGUUGCAGGAAUCACAGCCUCUACAAUUAGAAAACGGAAAGGUUCUAGGAGAGGAUUACGGACACGGCAUGGAUAGUGUACCAGCGUCUCAUUCAUAG